AUGGCCUCCAUGUCGGUCUCCCGGCUGGUUGCUGUCCGCCGUACCCCGUUCAUCAUCUCCUCAGCAUCCUUUUCCACCUCAGCCGCCCGCGCUGCCACGCCCGCUGGCCCUCCCCCAGCGGGCUUUCGUCUGCCCCCGCCCAAGCGAUGGGACCAAAGUGGCGAGUCGUCGCUCGACAAGGCCAGCAAGUACUUCCUGAUGGCCGAGAUCUUCCGCGGCAUGUACGUCGUGCUGGAGCAGUUUUUCCGCCCGCCGUACACCAUCUUCUAUCCCUUCGAAAAGGGCCCCAUCUCCCCCCGCUUCCGUGGUGAACACGCCCUGCGCCGCUACCCCACCGGCGAGGAGCGCUGCAUCGCCUGCAAGCUCUGCGAGGCUAUCUGCCCGGCCCAGGCGAUCACCAUUGAGGCCGAGGAGCGCGAGGAUGGAAGUCGCCGCACCACCCGUUAUGAUAUUGACAUGACCAAAUGCAUCUACUGCGGUUACUGCCAGGAGAGCUGCCCCGUGGACGCCAUUGUCGAGACCUCCAAUGCUGAAUACGCUACCGAGACCCGUGAGGAACUGCUGUACAACAAGGAGAAGCUGCUGGCCAACGGUGACAAGUGGGAGCCUGAGAUUGCGGCUGCUGCUCGUGCCGAUGCUCCCUACCGAUAA